UCACAUCACAUCAUCUAUCUAUCAUGUCUUCCUCUCGAACACAAUCAUCUUCUUCUUCAGUUUGGCAACUACAAUACAUGAAGCUCCACUUCUUCACCAGGAUUCGUUCGCUUUUGAAAUCCAAAACAUCCUCCCGCAAACGACACCAUCAAAGCUCACCUGAGAUAUCAAGUGCCCAACAUGAUUCAGAGAAUGUUGUUGCGACUCCGGAAAUAAUAUCUAAACCACCCGAAGAUCAGAACGAGGAGGUUGUCUUGCAGAAAACUGUGAAGAAGCUUCAUUUUGGAAGAUUGGAAGAGAAGGAGAAAGCUGCCAUCGAGAUUGAGAAACUUGCUAGAGAAGACAAGAAUACUAGGAAACUCAUGGCUGAGCUCGGUGUUCUUCAGGUUCUUGUUUCUAUGGUCGGUUCUGAUAUCGCUGGUCAGCAGAUAGCUGCCGUCAGGGCUCUUAUUCAGCUUUCUCAUGGAACUAACACGAACAAGGCGCUGAUGGCAAACGCCGGAAUAUGCUCAAAGCUACCCAAAAAUGUCGAAGUUCUCGUCCAGUCAACAAGACAUGGCUUCGCGGAGCUUCUCCUAUCAUUGUCGUCUCUAACAAACGCACAAUUACCGGUAGCUUCAUCGCUAAUUCUACCGUUCUUGAUGGACACGAUGAACUCAGAUUCAACAGAUAUGAAGUGCAAAGAGAUAUGUCUAGCCACCAUAAACAACCUCUGCAUGGUGUUGGAAAACAUAGCACCGUUGGUCAUAAAUGGGGCAGUGCAGACACUAAUAAGCCUAAUGUUGGUAAAAGACUUGGCCGAGAAGGCGUUAGCAAGUCUAGGGCAAUUGGUUGUGACUCAAAUGGGUAAAAAGGCAAUGGAGGAAUGUUUGACUGUGCCCAAAAGUUUGAUAGAGAUUCUAACAUGGGAAGAUAAACCGAAAUGCCAAGAAUACUCGGCUUAUAUCUUAAUGGUAUUAGCACAUCAGAGUUGGAGCCAGCGCGAGAAAAUGGCUAAGGCAGGGAUUGUACCGGUCCUUCUUGAAGUGACCUUACUUGGAAGCACUCUGGUUCAGAAGAGGGCAGUGAAACUUUUGCAGUGGUUCAAGGACGGGAGGAAUGUACGAAUGGGUCCUCACUCAGGUCCACAAACGAGUCGUGUGAGUUCCGGGAUGGGAUCUCCAAUGAGCCCGAGGUCGGGGGAAGAAGGUAAGAAGAUGAUGAAGAAUCUAGUGAAACAGAGUUUGUACAAGAACAUGGAGAUGAUAACUAAACGAGGUAAUGUGAAUAUGGAGAAUGAAGCUUGUAGGCUUAAGUCAUUGAUCAUCAGCACAAGCUCUAAAAGCUUGACUUAUUGA